AUGCAUACCGAUACCUUUCACCUAUACUCAUACUACUGCUCAUCAUGCUGCCAACGGAUCAUCAUCGCCGCCCAUCUCAAGGGCAUCCCCCUCGAAUUCACCUACAUCGACCUCGGUGCUAAAGAGCACAAAACCGACGAAUACAAACAGUACAACCCCAGCGGUAGCGUGCCCACAUUAGUAGUGACCAGCUCGAACGGCGAAAAGACCAUCAUCCGCCAAUCGAUGACGAUUUUGGAAUAUUUCGAGGAGAGAUUCCCAGACACGACUCCACUUUUCCCUCCCGCAUUGCGGGAUCGGCUGUGGGUACGCGAUCUAGUGAACAUCAUCGCUAUCGAUACGCAACCCCCCACAAAUUCCCGUAUCACACAGCGGGUGAAGUCCAUCCGAGGACAGCUUGAUGACCAGGUCGAUUUCGCCAGACAGGUCUUUACCGAUGGAUUCCAGGCCUAUGAGAGGCUAAUGCUUGAGCAUGCUGGAGAAGGGGGUUUUUCUUUUUCGUUUGGUGGCUCUGUCUCCAUGGCAGAUGUGGUUCUGGUCCCCGCUGUUGAUCAAGCUUUGAUGUACCGAUUAGACUUGGAUUUUGUGCCUAAUGUCAAGCGGAUCUAUCAUGCUCUUAAGGCACUGGAGUCUUUCAAGGCUGCUGAUUGGCGGAAUCAGGGGGAUACACCGGAGAAAUUCCGCAACCAGGAGUCUUAA